AUGUUGGACAAGAAAAAUGAAACAGCAACUGGACAUGUUGAUGUGACCUAUGCUGAGGUUAACCUUAAACAGCAGGCCAAAGCCAAGAAGAAGAAAGAAACAGAAACCCCACCUGAGGCAGAUUCUGUCUAUUCUCAAGUGAAGCCAGUUACAGCCCCAGGUGUGGGUGUUCCUCUGUUCAUCAACAAGACAGUGGGGGACUCCGUGGAGCUGCUGCCUAUAUCGAAGGUGGUGAUCCAGACAGACAUCAAGCUAUUGGCCAACCACUCCUGUACGGUGCGGCUGGUGUGCAACAUGUCCUGCUACUCCAACCUUACAUACACCUGGGAGAGAGACAACGAGAUAGCUGGGUUACCCUCCCUAUUGGACAGGUCCUACUCUGUAGAGCCUCUAUCUGGCAAUGUGACUACUGAAGACUCCUACACUCUGAUCCCUGCUGGUCCUAAUCACAAAGGAGGAUAUGUGUGUAGAGCUGGGAGAGGAGACCCAGUCUAUGACACACUCUACAGUGAACAUCAGUUUCUCUGGUCAGGAGACCUGCAUCCUUCAGUGUCUCUCAGAAUAAGACCCAACAGAACUCAACACUUUACAUCAAAGUCUCUCUCACUGAGCUGUGAGGAGAAGGGGAACUCUACUGGAUGGAGACUGAAGAGAUACAGAGAGAGAGGAGUGGAGUCAGGGUGUGGCUCUAACUGGGGAUCAAUAUCAGGUUCCACAUGUACCAUCAGGUCCACACUUGAAAAGGACAGUGGAGUGUACUGGUGUGAGUCUGCAUCAGGAGAGUACAGUAAUGCUGUCAACAUCACAGUGGAUGCUGGUGCUGUUAUCCUGGAAAACACUGCCUAUCCCAUGACUGAGGAAGACUCUGUGACUCUGCUCUGUACAAAUAGAUAUCCGGAAACAAACCCAAACCCCAAGGUUGAUUUCUACAAAGAUGGAGAACUCAUCAGGAAUGAGACCACGGGAGGGAUGACCAUCCCUGCAGUAUCCAAGUCAGAUGAAGGCUUCUAUAACUGUGAAUCUAAUGAAGGAGAAUCACCAGAGAGCUGGGUGACAGUGAGAGGUGAGAAGAGCAGUAUGUGUGUGUGUGUGUGUGUGCUGCUGUGUGGUCUACUGGUGGUGUCUCCCUUUCUACUGGUGUCUAUCAUGCUGAUGGUGAAAUGCUGCAGGGCUCAAGUCCUAGUAGUAGUGGUUGUGGGCCUGGUUGUUGCUGGUGUUCUACUGGCCAUUCUCCUGGUACUGCUGUGUCGAUAUAAAAACGCCAAAGGCCCCCCCAGCCACACAGCACCAACCUGGACCCCCAACAGGACCAAGGAUCUACCCAGAGCCAGGCUCCUGAUGCUGGGUACACACGUCUGA